AUGGCGUUACUGAAUCCUGGCGGCAGCCUCUUCGCGCCGCCGCCGGAAAACGAGCCGGCCCCGUACCCGUCCGACAUGCCAGGCAGUCUCGCGUUCACGAGCCCAGCGGUGGCAAAGAUGAUGCGGCUGAUGAACUACCGCGAGGGCUCCGGCCUCGGCGUGCAGGGCCAAGGCAUCGUCGACCCGAUCCAGCCCAACGCGUGGCCCAAGAAGACCGGCAUCGGCCAUCGCAAGGCCCUGUCCCUCUACCACGACAACGGCCUGCAGUCCUCCCAGGACGCACCCCGCGCGUCGCCGUUCGACAAGGAGUGGCUCCGCGAACAGGAGGAGCUCUCACGCGCGCUACGGCUCGAGCAGGAGUGCUACGAGACGGCCCUCGCGGCAUUGCAAGACAUGACGACGCUCCAGGGCGACGGCAGCGCCGAGACGGCGCACGCGCUGGCGGCGGUGCUCGCGUCCGAGGGCGUGCUCGGGGACCCGGGCCGCGCUCCGGGGCAGUGGAAAGCCGCGCUGCCGUCUUCCGCCUUACGGCACGUCGUGGAGAAGAUCGUAAUCCCGAGCAUCGCCAUGGGCGUGCAAGGCUGGGAGCCGGCGUGGGACCCGGACUGCCACAACUGGCUGCGCCGGUGGAUGCCGCUGGUCGGACACCUUCCGGAGCACUUCUACCCCGCCGUGGAAAGCAAGAUCCUCACGAGGAUCGGCGAGUUGGACGUCUACGAGCCGUGGAAGGACUACUUCAGCCCGGCGUGUCUCGCCGCCUUCGCGGAGCGGCACGUCCUGCCGGACGUGGCGCGGCUGGUGAGGGCGCUGACGGUCACGCCGCCCAAGCAGACCGACUGCUCGUUCCGCUGGGCGAUGCGGCGGGCGGCGCUCGUGCCCGCGAAGCUGCAGCGGGAUGUCGUGGUGCCGAUGCUGGAGGAAGAAGGCGGGUUCUGGGACAAGUGGGAGCGCGCGCUGCGGCAUUGGCUGAGGGCCAGGAAGCCGUCUCUUGGGGAGGCCCGCGCGUGGUGCGACGGGUGGAGGAGCCUCUUCACGCCUGAGCUGCUCGCCGAUGGACGCGUGCUGGCGCGGCUUGAGGGUGCCGAUGGCGUCGUUGAGAGCGCGAUGCGUGAACUUGAGUUGAGAGCUUUGUAG